UACUCAGCGGAGCAUCCGCAGCUCUGACCCGCAUCCCGCGCCUGGCCAUGACGGCGCAUUCCUUCGCCCUCCCGGUCGUCAUCUUCACCACGUUCUGGGGCCUCAUCGGCAUCGCCGGGCCCUGGUUCGUGCCCAAAGGACCGAACCGCGGAGUGAUCAUCACCAUGCUGGUGGCCACCGCCGUUUGCUGUUACCUCUUCUGGCUCAUUGCCAUCUUGGCUCAGCUGAACCCCCUGUUCGGGCCCCAGCUGAAGAAUGAGACCAUCUGGUACGUUCGCUUCCUGUGGGAGUGACCGUCGCCUCUGCGGCCCCAGGUGCCCCCGCUGUCCAGAUGACCGUGGCUCCACUGUCCCUGAUGACCCUUUUGUCACCGUCCCCCCACCUCCGUCCCCCUAGCUGUGUCCGGUCCCUCUGGGCCCCCUCCCCUAAGGCCUGCUGGGUUCUGGAAAGUCCCGCCUUCCCCAGCUCAGGAAGGCCGAACUCAGAGCCAGCCCUCAAGUUCCCUCUGCCCGCUCCUCCCCAAGUAGGUUCUGGCCGGAAGCUGACUAGGGUGGGGGCUGCCUUGUACUACAAAGGGGAGCCCAAGGCCGGCCGGGGCAUCGGCAUCCUGGGGAGGAGGGCUUGGAGCCAAGAUGCUCAGAGGCUGGAGAGGAAGCCCUAGGGAGGAGGCUGGGUCCUGCAAUGCCCAGCUCUGUGAUCCCGGAGCAUCUGCCCGCAUGAGGUCCUUACCCGUGAGAUGGGCCGUGGCGAAGGCCUGUCUUGGGAGUUCUCCUUUGAUUUUCUGACAUGCUUUGAUGUGAAAUUUCUGGAAACGUUGACAUAACAGUCAAACAUUCACACACAAAAAGUGCCACAGUAAUUUGGAUCAAGAUUGAAAAGCUGUAUGUUCAGCAUCCUUUAUCCUCCGAGUAACUCAAAGGGGCUUGCUCAGGAGGUGGCAUCUGCUCUGCAUAUUCUCUCCCCGCUUCCUCCCUGACCUGGGCCUCCCUGUCUGGGGAUCGGGCUACCUCCCUUCCCGGGGGCUCAGCCUGAAGCAGCUCCCCCUGCACCUCAGGCCUAGACUCCCCAUGGGAGGAGGAUUUCUGAGCCCCUCGAGGUCGCCUGGAUGGAGGGAGGGCGAAGACAGACAGGUGUGAGUGAUGUGUGGGCAGCGCCAUGGGCCCUGAGGACUGUUCCCAGUGCAGGCUGGGAACCCCUGGCCUGGUGAGGACCGCAGGCAGAGCUUGCGGGCAUGGACCAGAGGGAGCCUGGGGCCCCAGCCCAUGCGCUCACUUCCCCCAGCAGAGUUGGGGCAGACACCUGACAGUCCCAGAGCUGACUCGAGUCCCCGACUCCAUUCUGCCACGCUGCCUCCCUGGGGAGGGGAAAGCCAGUCUCUUGUCUUCAUUGACUUUGUUUGAUUGGCAUUCUGUUCAGCGGGCAUCUUUUUUGGCACAAUGGCGGAAUGUGGUACAUCUUCCCUGGAUUUCUUGCCUCUGGGCUUGGCGUCUCGCUCAGGUGGGGGCCUCUCUUUGACAUUCCUCCACCCCCUGUCUGGCCCCUUGCUGUGCUGAGCUCUGCGGCCCCCUUGGAGUGGGGCGCUGACCUCGUGGCCAUGUCUAGUGACUCAUGAAUGAAAGGGGGGGAGACUCCUGUCUGGGAGCCGAGUCCUGGCUGAGGCCGUUUGCUGCCUGUCACACCCCUGCCUGCCCAGCCCCCGUUUCCUCGGUGGGAGGAUUUGAGGGGCAGGAGAGGGGCCUGGCAGCUGCUUGGCCCUGCAGCCCUGGAGCAUGGACAUCAAGGACUAUGUUUUCCUGAGACCUGAGAGCGAGUACAACUUCCCGGAUUCUGCCCAGAACCAGGCCUGGCAGGAGGAGGAAGACGGAGGACUCUUUCAAGUGGAACUUUGCCCACCUCCCAGCUGUGAUUACAGAGAGUGCACGGCCUCUGGGGUCUGCAAUAAAGCCU